GGAGAACGGACGCAGCUGAGUCACUCCCGUGUAUAAAGCAAGCGCCAGGCAAUCAGAGCAGCGCGGACCCCAGCAGGCGGCCUGGACAGCAAAAGAAUGUUUUCCCUCCUGCUCGCUCUUUCUCUGCUGGCGUGGGAGGCAGCGGCCGGCCUGACAGACAGAGCAGCUCCAGCUGCCUUGGGGGAUUUCACAGCUUUUUUCCAGUUGACCCAGCAAGAGCCCUGGGAAAACGACGUUAAUCUUACCAGCAUGUCCUGUGAGGAUCUGAGGAACAAGACAUGGACCCACUUGCAACUGAACAACAGCCUGCAAGUCUUCCCUGCCUGCCUGCCUGGGGGACUGGAGGCCUUAGACCUCAGCACCAACCAGUUGCCUUCGCUGAGUGGCGUGGAGAUAGCGGACUUCCCAAAGCUGCGCGCCCUCUCCUUGAGGCACAACCACAUCCAAGAAGUUGCGUGGGGAACCAGAGCCCUCAGUAGCCUCCAGUUCCUAGACCUAAGCGCUAAUAAAUUAUCCUCUCUGCCAUCAUGCCAGACGGCCCACCUGCCAAACCUGAAGUGGCUGUCGCUGGCCGGAAACCCCAUCACUGAACUCCAGCCUCUGGCUUUCUCCUGUUAUCCACAGCUACAGUUCCUGAACUUGUCUGCCACUCUGCUAGGGCAUGAGAAUGGCGGAGGGAUUAGCGCGUCAGCCUUUGCCAUGAAUGUGUUGCAGGGAGACACCGGAAACAGAGCUAGGAGCACCAUUGACGUGCUUGACCUGAGUGGGACCUUUCUCGAGACAAUUCAGCAGGAGUGGGCCCAGGACUUGGUCAGCCUUAGGUCGCUCCACCUUGCAAGGAUGGCCCAGCUGAGGAGCUUCGAUACGGAUCUAUUCAAGUCACUGCCCAGGCUGAGAGAACUGAAUUGCCAGGACUCCCGUGCGCUGAGCGGGGUGAGGACGGAGCUAUUUGACGAUGCUCCUCACCUGACCUUUCUCACCUUCCAGAACUGUAACCUGAGUUCCUUUAAUCCUUGGAAUAUCAACUCAUCAGGGAGCAUCAGCAUCAACCUGUAUGGAAAUCCUUUAGAGUGCAACUGUGGACUUUCCUGGCUACUUUCUGAUCCAGAGAGAGUUGUACUGCAAAGGGCAUCCGACACCAUUUGCAACACAGCCUCAGAAGACGGAGAGAAGACUUCAUCCUCAUUGUCUCUUUCGCUGUUACAACUCUAUGAUGAAUGCCAGGCCAAGAGAAAUACCACAUUCCCCACAUCAAACACUCCCCCUCUCACAGAAGACUUUUCCAACCUUCCCAUUAUUGAUUCCACUAUUGUGGCAGCAAUGAUGGACUCUACUCUAUUUGCCGAAGAACUUUACAAUGACUCCUUGGUGUCACGGAACAUGGUAAGUAUGACGCAAACAGCUCAGAUGAAGAACGAUCCCACAAGUGCGGACGUUUUUUCCAAAUCUUCUACUGAUCCCACUACUGAAGGAACAGCAGCCACCUCUUCAACAAUUCUGGAAGAGCUUUAUAGCGACUCCUUAGCUCAGCAAAGCACUGCGAGUAAAAUCAAAACAGAUCCAUUGAAGAGAAAUGUUACAACGACCACCGCUCUGUUUCCCCAAGAGAAAACAUUCUACCAGUCUACUAAUAACCCUUCCACUGAAGUGACAAGACCAAUAGGGACAAACUCUCUUCUUUUUCCAGGCACAGUAAGUCCAUCUCAGACAGAUCAACGGCCGCAAAACCCCACAAAGGCAAACCCUAUUCCAAAUCCUACCCAUGCUGUAAUAAACAUGGAUUAUGAAGAUGACUAUUACGAUGAUCAUCAACCAAAGGAAAGCAUAACUCAACCGAUAAUAGUCUCUUGUGACUACGACCCCUGCCACCACCUCCAGAAGCCAUGCUCUGAACUUCAGAGGUUGUCCCCAUGUCUGUGUCCUGGAGUGUCUGGAGAAGACACUGUUCCAGAUCCACCGAGGCUCAGAGAAGUGUCUGAAACGACAGACACAUCAGCACAGAUCCACUGGUGUGCCCCCAGUUCAGUCGUUCAUACUUAUCAGCUUGCAUACCAUGCCAAAGGCAGCGAGAAGAGCCAGAUCCUGGUUGAUGAGAUCUAUCCCACAGCGAGGCAGCAUACACUAUACAAACUUUCACCAGACACCACCUAUUGGGUGUGCGUAAUUGCUUCUAACAAAGCAGGAUCGAGCCAGACGACAAGCGAGAAGAUUUUGGGCAAUCCAUGCACCCAGUUUACAACAAAGCCCAGCUAUAAAUCCAUCUUUGUGGUCUUGUCCCUAGCAAGUGGGGUCUUCCUAAUCACCACCAUUGUAUUGUCUGUGUGUCUGUAUCAGAAAUGUAAAAAGCCUCACGCUGAGCAAUACGGCACACACCUCAUCUCUUAUAAAAACCCAGCAUUUGAUUACCCCUUAAAACUACAGCCACGUAUUUAGCCCCAGGUAGUUUUGUCAACAUAUUUUGCAGUAAAACAUCUUAUAGCAACACAUCUAAGUGGAAUCCAGCUGCUUAAAGUUCCUCACAGGGCUGACUUCAUCUCUGUUGUAAUUCCAAAGAAAUUACACCAGGGACAUCUGUGGCACCAAAUGCUUUGUUUUGUUACAACAGGACACCACGUGGCCUGUUUCUGAGAUCUCUAUUCUCCAUUUCCAAAGAUCUGUGAUUAGGGUGAAGUUUCUCUUAUUAUAACGAAUAAUAAUUUUCAGGCAGCUGAUCGGGAGGUCCCAAUGAUGAUUUUAAAAUGAAGUGAGGGGGGAUAGGGGUGGCACAAUCUGAUGUGGAAGGAGGAAGAGGCAUAGUCCUGACGUUCCUUGGCUAUGGUGCUUCUCUAAACUAAUCUAAGGUGAUGAUGAAGCACCCAGAAGAAAAGCCCUGAUAGAAAUAAUCCCUAGCAUGUAUAUAGUGCCUUUCAGCUGUAGAGAUCAGUGUUUUACAAAGGUGCAAGGGUUUAUAGAUUUUUAAAACCAGAAGGGACUAGUGUGAUCAUCUAAUCAAACCUCCUACACAACAGUGACCGUAGACUUUUGUCCUGUGAUUCCUGCAUCAAGCCCCUAAUUUCUGGAAAAACAUCCAACGUCAUAUCACUAUCCCCCUUGUACAGAUGGGGAAAUUACCAAGAGAAAUGGCUGCUUUUUUUUUUUUUUUUAAAGGUCUUCAGGUGCCUAAAGGUGCUAAUAGCUUUUGAAAAUCCCCAUAGGCCCCUAUCUGCAUCAUUAAACACUUAAAGACCUUUAAAAAAGCUGGCUAAAAGUCUACAGCCCUAUUCAGGUGCCUAAAUAGCAAUGUCCUCUUUAUCAAAAACACCGUGCACACACAAAUCCACUUGCACCUUUGAAAAUCAGGCUACCCUAUUUAGGAGCCUCGCUAUGGAUUUAAGAGCCUGACUUUAGGCACCCAGGAUUGGAAAUGCGGACUUUUGGGUUUUUUGUUAAUACCUACUCAUCCCCAAACACUUUUCUUGAAAGUGUCACCAUCUUGACUUAUUAGUGCAUGUCCCUGGGACUACACAAUAGCUGGCUGGUGCAACAGGGACUCGGUUGGGAUUGUACUCGGGUAACUAGACUGAGCCACGCUGCAACGGCCACACUGUUAUUAUUAGGCACUAGCAGAGUACACGUGUGUACAUUUACCUGAAGUGAGAAUUACAGUUGCUGCUGUGUAGCUGUACAUUGAGCCUCCCAAUGUGUCUUCUAGCAAAACUAGGGCUCACCAGGACUUUACAUCUCUCGUAGAAGCAGAAAAAAAAAAAGCAACAAGAAAAAAAAAAUCCUGUCAGUCCUUUAUAUGCUAUAAAGAAACGACAAGCCCAUUUUUUAAAAAAACUUUUGCAGGUCAUCUUUAAAUAGCUGAGUUUUGUGUAUUAAGAUGCUGCCAUGCUGGUUUUGCUUCCAUGGUAUUAUUCCACUACAGUAUGCUCCUCUCGAUACAGAAUACACAUAGCUGUAAGUGAAGGCUUGUACAGGGGCAGAGAGUAUAAACUUUGAGAUUUUUGCUGUUGGAGAUGAUUUGAACUCAAUAGAAAAAUGUAACAAAAACAAAUGAUUGAAAAUGAAGGGCGGGAACGGUCUUGGGGUCCUCCAUCGAGAGGGUCCGCACACACACAAUGCCAGCCGACCUCAGUGGGAAUGGCAAAUAUGCAGCACCAGCCACUUAAGAACAAGACAUGAAGAUUUAAUGAAUAAAAAAAAAGUAUAGUAUAAGCUCCUUGGGACAGUCUUUCUGUUCCAUUUUGUACAGCACUUAGCACAGUGGGGGGUUCUGGCCCAUGACUGGGUCUGAGGUGCUAUCACAAUACAAAUAAUAGAACAUUGUAUGGAGUCUCCAAAAUGAAAGUAAAUGGCUGUAAUUAUAAUGUGGGUCACAAUCAUUCCCCCCAUCAAAAGAAUUAAAAAGCGAGUUAGCACCAUGAUAAACUAUCAAAGCCUUAGCUUGAUCUGCAAAGUUAGUAGAAUAGUGAUAUUGAGGUUGACUGGACCUGUCAUUAUACUGAGGUAGAUAACUGAGUAUAAGUGCAACCUAGUGUGGGAAGGGAUUGAGAUAAGUUCUUUAAAACUGAUAUCCUGUCCACUCCAGUGGACAUUUAGGAUGAGAUUUUCCAAGAUGCCUAAGGGAUUUGGAUUCCAAUUCAUUUAAUUUAAAUAGGAAUUGGGCAUCCAAAUCCCUUAAACAGCUUUGAAAAUCUCAGCGUUAAAGCACCCAAGGCCCUGUUCACAAGAGACUGGAGUUAUUCUGCUGCCUUGAUCAAGUAUUUCUCUCCCUGCUUGUUGUUCAGGACUGCAGGUGUUCAUUAGCAACAGCCCUUCAUCCUAGAGGUGGCUAUAUAUCAGGGGUGCUGUAUGAAUAUAAUCUGUGAAGCCCUUUGGGAUCCUUGCGGAUGAAAGAUAUUUGUGUUGUGAUGGUUAAUUUUACCAUGGUAAAAAUAUCACGUGCCCUGUACUAAUUGAAAUAAAAAAUGCAGCAUGAUAAUGAAAUAACCAUAGUCUUGUUCUUGUUUUAAAGUCAACAGACAAGUGUACAAUAACGAGGUCAGGACUUUUUUGCCUGUUUGAUCAGAGUGAAAUCUGGACAUCUCUUUCCACAGUAGUUUUGGAGCAUACAAUAAAGUAUCAUUUUUAUUCUGGUACACUAGCAUGUACUCUGAUGUCAAGAUUGUUGGGUUUUCAUUCUGUAUCACACACCUUAAUAGGUUUACUAGUGCCUGUCAUCACUGAGUCCCAAUUUUUUCUCUCCUGCUCCACUCCAGCUGCAGUUAAUGCUUGGCACCAUCUUUUACCCUAUGCCUUGGAGAAUAUCUUUUAUACCACUCUGAGUCACUGAGGUCAGUUAUCCUCACUAACUUUCCAUAAACGAAACCUAUAUUAAAGGUGACUUGCAAACAGAAAAAUAGAUGCAAAAGAGCACAAUCCCUAUGAUAUAUAG